CUAAAUAACGACGGGGACAGCAACAGUAGCGUCCCCUACACAAAAAAAUAGCUUGGGAGUUGCAACGUUGCCGAGCACCCGACCCGCGCUGUGCAAGAGAGACCGCAAUCCAGUACGCAGAAACGCGAUAAUGAGGUCGUUUUUUCUCUUGCUUCAAGCGAUUUUUCGCACGAGCUCUAUGAACACCCCUGCUGUGGAUUCGAACUCGUACCACCAAGGUGUGUUGCGAGUUGACAAGAGACAGGAGCUAGCUCCCCCACCGAGUGCUUUGGGCCGGAGGGUACAGGAGCACAUCGGUGGGCCUCAGGCGCUCAGCUUGAAGUGCAGCACAACAUUGACACGAGGUGGGAGGGUUAUCACCCCCUUGGCUGGAGCUGGUGCGCAUACUGUAGAAGGGGAUGGCAAAUGCGGGUGGAACGCGCGGCGUGCGGGUCUGCAAAUUUGCCUGGGUAGAGCGAGGACUCCCAACGAGCAGCAAAUGCGGGCAGCGGUUGCCCGUAGAGCCAUGGAAAAUGUUAUCGGCGCACCCGAUGUCGCUGAGGACUCGACAGCGGUACUCUCAAAGGACCACCUUGGGCGGGCCUUGAGUGUGAAGGUACCGCAUGUUUUAGGGGAUGUCGAACACGGGAUGGCCGCAGAGGAUAAGACGGUUAGGUGUUUUUGCGAUCUAGCCUGGCAAAGUGCGGAGAAGUGGGUUGACGUUACCUGGAUGUCCUUCCUGGCCUCGGAGUACGGGGUGAACAUCAUGGUGUGGAAGCCAAGCGUUUAAGCAUGGCACAGUCCAGGCGUACUCAGGAAACAACACGGCAGGCAUGUUCUUGUUCGAGAAAGAAGACAAAAUGGACGAGAAAGGAUAUCACUGGGUGCAUCUACUCUAUCGAGAGAACGCGAAUCUAUGGCUAGCGCGUAAUCAAAACCAUAACCUCAACCACUUCGACCGUCUGCAGCUUGGACACGAUGCAGUUGCUUCCUUCGUCGAAGUCGUUGCAUCAGCGAAGCUGCAACUAGGCACGGUGACGUUGAUGCCGCCAGCGAUUCGCACAUCAGGCGGGGAGGCGGGAGGGUCCUCAAUGGUGGGCGGAGAAGAGGAGGACCAUCCCGAGUUCAGCAUGGGACCGCUCCCCAGCGGCAGCAACAGCAGUAGCAGCAGCAGCGGGAAGGAGGGGGGAAAGGCUGGAGCGCGAAAGAAAACGAAGGGGAAGAUCGGACCCAAGGUCGUGGUGAAUCGACCUACCGCGGUGCAGACAGCGGAGAGCAAGAAGCUCAAGGGCAGGGAUGCAUCAGGGAAGCACAAGGCAGGGGUUGCGCCAGGGAAGAAGCGCGAGGCGGUGGUUGCGCCGGGGAAGCGGAAAGCGGGGGUUGCGCCAGGGAAGCGCACGGCGGGGGUUGCACCAGGGGAUGGGAGAGGUGCCAAAAAAAUGGCAAAACUACACCAACCGGUGGGAGGAAAUCCUCGAAGGCCAACGGCAAAGACGACUAUGCCAACUAUGAUUCCGACGGCAGCAUCGGGGGGGGGGACAUAGACCACAAGCAAACCCCGGGCGCCUUCGCUACCAUGUCGCAGAACCAGAAGAAGCUGGUCACGGCCAUGAAGAUUCCGGAGCGGGGUUACAAGCGGGCGUUCUGGCUGACCAACAAGAGGAGGGCGCUGGGUAUGAAGCUCGAGAAGAUCGCCGACGAGGAGAAGGCGAGGUUCAAGAAGGCGGAUGAGAGGAAAAAUAAAAACAGCAUCGACCACGCGAGGAGGUGGAGGAGGAGGAGCGGCGGGAGAGGGAGGAGCUAGAGGAGCAGCAGCAGCAGAAGC